AUGGAUAGAAGCCUGAUCUUGCUGGUGAUCCGAAUGCUUUUAAUAGCGGAUGAGCUAACGAGUAAUUUCGCUACAUAUUUUACUGAUGCUGGACAACUCCACCUGCGUCUGGGGAGAUCGCCCUCCAGCCGCCUCUUCCCACAGAGGACCACGUCCUUUGCAAGUCCAGUCUACGUAUCUCCAUUGUAUCUUCGGCACCAACAAAACUACGCAGACAGCAGGAUGCCGUCUUCCAAAGAAUGUGUUGCCGAUCAAUUUGGUUAUGCAAUCAUAAAAGGCUGCCUUUGUCGACUUUAUCAAAGCACAGGACUCAGUGAUGGGUUAUUUCGCUCCCCACCGAUGGAAUUUAUUCGUAAAAGGAACAUAUCAUGCCUCAUUUUUACUUUCGUUGGCGAUGUGGAUGAGCUCGUCCGUGUAGAGUUCACUGACUUCGCAAAGGAAGAAGGUGUGUACAAUAGCAGCCAUGCCCGGUGUUCCAGUUACGUCAGAAUCUUCAGUCGUCUUGGCCGUGCAGAACUCAAGCGGAAUGAUGUCGAGACAGAACGACUGUGCGACAAACAUUUUGGGUCAACUCGUCAUGUGUUUUAUUCCACUGGACGUGUUCUCAUCGUCGAAGCCCAUAUUGCGCAGCACGCACGGGUCAAGCUUGAAUUUAAAGGUCGCUAUCAAUUUGAGGCAGCUUCUUGGUACGACAGUGACGGAAUUUUGGUGUCCGACGGAGUCUGCAAGCGCCUUUUCCUCAGUCCCUACUUGGCUCACAGCCCAAAAAUGCUCAGACACAAGCAAUCUGUUCACAGAUGGAAGCUGGAGGGACAAUUCUUUAGUCCCAGAUUUCCACAAAAUUAUCCCGCUAACAACACCUGUAUUUACGUAUUCCUUGGUGGCCAUCAUGAAAGAGUCAUCCUCUCCUUAAGUGAUGUCCAGUUAGCUGGAGCAAGCAGCGUUACAGCAGGUGGAUUCAAAGGAAAAUUCACAUUCUUCUCAGCUCAAGAUGCAACACCAACUGCUGUGGCUAAAGCAUUACAAGCUGGGGAACAAAUACAUGGCUCCUCUGUUGAUCAAAGUGAGCAGUCCUACCAAAGUGAAAACACUGCGUCCGUAGUGAAUAUUUUUAUGGAAACAAACAGAAGGAAUGGUAUUAUCAGUAGCCCGGGUUACCCAAAAGCCUACGGAACAAAUCUCAAUGUCACUUAUUUAUUCCAUAUACCAGAAGAUGAGCGACUUAAACUCAAAUUUUUCGACCUUCGCCUUGGUGGUCUUUCUACUAUUCGUUGCCAACAAUCCACUCGAGAUCGGAUCCUGAUUUACGACGGAUCACCAGAGAUAGAAAACCCGUCCAUGACAUUGUGCGGGGACCACGUAACUAAUUCAGAUUCCAAUCACUUAUUCAAUGAACGAGAGGUAAUCUCCUCCACAAGAAUACUGGCGGUGCGAUUUAUCACCGACUCUGAGACAUCUGAACAGGAAAAUGGAUUUCUCGCAUCCUACACUUACAUAGAAAAUCAACGAAAGGUGGAAGCUUGGAAAGCAUAUUCUGAUCAAUACGCUGACAAUUAUGGUCUCGAGAACGGGUCAAGGGGAUCAACUGCGAAUAGUACAAGCAGAAACAAACAAAUUACAGAGAAUUGUCGUUUCAUCAUUGAAAGCAACGGUCAGGCUCUGAAGGGUCAAAUCCCGAUAACACAAUACCUGAAAGCACUUGCUCUCCAAAAGGUUGAAAACCAGACGAGCUGUCGAUGGCAACUUCAAGGGGAACGUUGGCAACGGAUACAGCUUCAGCUGCUUAGAAGACAAGCUGCACCUGAUCCCGGUAGUUCUGCAUGGUACAGCAAACGUACAACCUUCGACACUCUUCAACACGAUCAAGAGACGAAUGACGAAGGUUCUGUCAGUCUCUCACAGAUUUCCAAAUUAGAGGAAACGGAAAGUUCUAUCAUGCCCAUCAGAUGUCAAACAGCUGUAUCUUUGGAGCUUGUGGGAUAUCGGAAGAGUGCAAUUUCUGCCCCACAACCAGUGUUGAAAACUUCCAAAGGAUCGCUCAUGUCUUGGCCAGCUAGACAAGCAACCUCAGAGGUAAUCUCCGCUGAAAUGGACCAAAGGUGGUCCCAGCUCGAACCCUCCGACCCAAUACGCCUCUGUGCAGGAGCACUUGUAGCAGCAUCCCCCGCUUCGAAAGGGUUUAUGUCUGGGUCGAUCCCUCGGCUGGAUAUCAUAGUGCACUUUGAUAUGUCAGAAUUGCGCCUUCCACAGUGGGAAAGCAGAACCGGACACUUCGAUUUGGGCUACGAUAUUGGCUACGAGUUUGUAACCGAUUAUGGCGUGACCGCACCAAAUGGACGUCAGCAGAAGCCAGAUUGCAUCUUUGAAUUCACUCACUCUCCGAGUACCACGGGAAACUUCGCCUCACCAAAUUACCCUGGACUCUAUCCCACAGAUUUGGUAUGCGAGUACCGAUUCCUUGGCCCAAAUGUGAAAAAAAUUGAGAUCAUUUUCCUGGAGUUUGAUGUUGAAGGUAGUUACAAAACAUGUUAUGAUGACUCGAUGGGAGACUACGUGGAACUGAGCAGUUGCCAGCCAAUUUCAUCACCGGCUUACCUGAAGCGUCGGUUGUGUCACCGAACGAAACCCGACAGCUUGUAUCGAAUAGACUGGUAUGAGCCGUGUCUGCUUUUGCGAUUCGUCUCGAAUGCAAUGUUCGUGCGGAAUGGGUUUCUCGGAGUGUACAAAUUUCACACCUAUAGCGCUGGAUCGAACAUACUUGAUCAGAAGACGAAACGCUUCCGACUUAUCACCUGGGGUAUCGUUCUUCUAUGGACGGUGCACUACGCAUGAAUUACAUCAAGGAUCUCGUUCCCAGAUGAAGCUGUACAGUUAGCAGUUUCACUGCAUAUUCCACAUAAGUGAAAUUUCCUUUCAGUGUACACACUUUCGAUCCGAAACGAAGGUUCUGCACAUUGAGACUAUAAGGAUCUAUAUCAAACACUACAUUUUAC